AUGAGCGGCCUCCUCAACGGCGCAGACUGCAGCGUCAACUCCAACCCCCUCAACAACGUCCUCAAGCGCGAGGGCGUCGACAACUCCGUCUUCAGGUGGAAUUCUGGGUCAUGCGACGUCACACCGGGCUGUCCGGUGAUGAGCGAAAAGCUAUCGCGAGUCCAGUUGGAUUGGACUUGGGAGCAUUCUUCGGAGCGGAGGGAUCAAAUGUGGGCAGCGGAGCCGUGUCAUCAUCGCCACCGGCACGGGAAUUCUGCGACGACCUCGGACUAUGCGCCGGGUUUCACACUCCGCUCGCUCGUCGUCGGCAACACCUUCCAAGCUACAUUGGGGCGUGUGUCAAAAGCUAACAAGCAGGACCGAGUGUCGGGCGCGCCCGGAUCGUCUUCACAGGCCGGUGCUGCAUUCCGCCAGCAGCAUGCCCCCGCCGCGCCCGGACAGGUGCAGCAGGUGCCGCACCCGUUCAACCUCUCGCACCUGUCUGCCGCGCUGAGCCAACCUGGCCCCGUGCAGACCCCCGUCGUCCCGCAGAUGGCGCCGCACCAGGCGCACCACAACAUGCAGGCCGACUGGGAGCGCUUCCAGGCGCAGUCGCAGCGGGGUUCCCCCCAGCCGCAGCUGGCCCCAGCGCCCGCGCAGUCUGGCUGGGCAUCAGACUUCAGCCAGGGCAAGGGCAAGGCGCGUGAGAUGCCGCAGCACAUGGAGCCGAUGAUGCACCAGCCGCAGAUGAUGCCGCCCAACCCCUUCGGCGGCAUGGGCAUGAUGCAGCAGUACCAGCCCCGCCUGUCGCCGCCCGCCCGUCGCUGCCGACCACGCCAAGAUGGAGGCUGCUUUCGAGGCUGCGCUCGCCGAUGCCCGCGCCCAGGCUGUUCCCCAGCAGGCAGAGCCCGAGACCAAGGAGGAGCAGAAGACGGAAGAGGCAAAGACCGAGGAGCCGAAGGCCGAGGAGGACAAGCCGUUAAGGGCGACCUCGAGGCGGUGUGGGAGAGCCUCAAGCCCGAGGCUGAGCGACAGAACAAGCUCGCCGAGUGGGAGAGCGAGUUCUCUCAGUUUGUGAACGGCGAGAACGACGACUUUGACGUGCUUCAGCGCGAGCUUGAGCGAGACGACCUCGGACAGACGCCACUCGAUGACCAGAUGGAAUUUGGCACUGGACGAUGGAUGGACGAGACGAUGAACGAGAACGGCCUCCCCGCGCAGGUGAACUAUGUGUUCACGACGCCGAACCGGUUCGACUCGUAUGCUCCUCUCGCGGCGUGGCACGAGGCGAACCUCCUUCUUUCGAACGGCGGAUCGCUCCACGACUGCGCUCUUCUCAUCGAGACCUUCCUGCGCCGCGCGACGGACAACGACCUGAAGGCCGUCAACGUCUCUCGCGCGCACGCCUGGGCGGUGCUCGGCCGCACGCACGCCGAGAACGAGAUGGAGGACCGGGCGCUCCAGGCGUUCGACGAGGGACGGCGCGCGCUCGAGAACGACCCGAAGGCGAACCAGGUCGCGGGCGAGCUCUUCACGAACCUUGCCAUCAGCUACGUCAACGAGUCGCUCGACCUCGCUGCGCUCACGACUCUGCACCAGCUCCUCGCGCAGCUCCACCCCGCGCACGCGGGAAGUGCGCCGAGCCGCUCCGAGUUUGUCAGCGACAACAACCCCUGGGCCGUCCACCAGCGCAUGACGAAGCAGUACCUCGACCUCGCGCGCGAGCAGUAUGCCAACCAGGGCGUCGUCGACCCAGACGUCCAGGUGGGCCUCGGCACGCUGUACUACAUGCAGGGCGAGUUUGGGGAGGCCAGGUCGUGCUGGACCGCGGCGCUGAAUGAGAGGCCUGACCAAGCUAAUAAACAGGACUACCUCCUCUGGAACCGUCUCGGAGCCACGCUCGCGAACGGUGGAGACCCCGAGCAGGCCGUCGACGCUUACCGCCGCGCUCUCGAGAUCAAGCCGACGUUCACGCGUGCGAUCGCCAACCUCGGUGUCGCCUGUCUCAACAUUGGCGUGUACCGCGAGGCCGCCGAGCACUUCCUCGCUGCUCUCGCCCUCCAGCCCGGAAACGGCGGCACGGCCGCGCCCGAGGCGUACUCGCUCUGGGCUACGCUGCGACGUGCGCUCGUCGCGCUCGAGAAGCCCGAGCUUGCUGACCAGGCGCGCCCCGGAACAGACCUCAGCGUGUUCCGCAACGCCGGCUUUGACUUUUGA